AACAAACUUCAAAUGUUGCAUUUCAGUGUUCUUGCGUGUGAAGUUAUGUGACACCGUGUAGACAGGAUUUUCAAUAGGAACGUGUACAUUAACGGAUAUAUCUCUAUAAUUGCAAUAUGAGUAAAAGCAAGACAGAAAUAGAGGUGGUGAUCUCAUCACAAUUUGAAGGGAACAACUUGGUGGUGAAACACGACAUCAAGGGCAGAACCAAAAACACAAUGCGGACACAGCCAUCUAGCAAGCCACUCGAGACAGAGAGGGCUGCAGCCAGUGUCAGCAGUCAUGUGACAGGCACAACUCCCAGAACGACAGUCCGCAGAAAUGACCUCAAAGCCACAACGCCCAAAACUCAGAGUGCGGCCAGCAGUUCCCAAGCUGCGACCCCUAGAACACCCUCUGCGGCUGCCAUUUUCAACUCCACUCCAAGAACUCCUGCUAUCUCAGUCACCCAUCCCACUGACGUAGCCACCCCAACCUCAGUGGCCUCCUCCAGGACCAACACGCCAGGAGUCAGUAGAACUCCCCUCGUGCCCUCAGGCUCAAAGACCCCCAUGACUAAUACUCCAAGACAUGGAGUCCCACUACCAAAGAGGUUCCGCAGAGAUGAUGAGCAUGGCAGACCUACCACUGGGCCACGUACUGGGGUGCAGAGGUCCAGAAGUAUCCGUGAUACUGAAAGUCGGAAGAAAGAUGACGAGGGAAAGCAAAAGGAAAAUUUUCCAAGAGUUUUAUCAUCAUCUUCAAUUAAUGUCCCAUCGCCAAGAAUAUCUGGCAAUAGGCUCUCAGCAGAAUCAAAGACUCCAACAUCCACUAAAUCUUCAUCAUCCAGGUCUUCCAAAGCUUCUAUUGGUUCAAAUACACCAACCGUAGGCUCAGGAAGAAGGUCUCGAGCGAGCCUGAACAGAUACACCAGCCUACUGUCAGAACCACCUCACACACCCAUGUCACAGGGUUCGGCAGGAGAAUUUCUGACUCCAGAUAUUGUAAACCGUCGAUCAUCAGUAAUGCCAGUAAGCCCGGGAAUGGAGGAAAACUUUGAUGGAACAGAAUCAACCGCUGUAUCUGUUGGUGUAAGAGUGCGGCCACUGAAUAGCAGGGAAAAAGUGUCGGAUAUCAAGAACAUUGUAGAGGUGGCCGGUAACGCGAUCAAGCUAUCCAACGAAAAUGGGUCAGUUCAUAACUUUGCCUAUGACCACUGCUUCUGGUCCUGUGAUGAAGCACAUCCAAUGUAUGCCUCUCAGCAGUCUGUCUAUACCACCCUGGCACGGCCGUUGUUGGACAAGUCGUAUGAAGGGUAUAAUGUCUGUUUGUUUGCUUAUGGACAGACAGGUUCCGGAAAGAGUUAUACGAUGCUUGGGGAGGAGUCUCACGAGGAUCCAGAGUCAGAUGCAGGAGAAGAUUUGGGAGUUAUUCCUCGGUUCUGCAGGGAGCUCUUUAGCCGUGCCGAUUACCUGCACUCACAAAAUCCUCCAGAGGAACAGCUCCCUCAGUGUCGCAUUGAAGUGGAAGUCAGUUACAUUGAGAUAUACAAUGAGAGAAUAUACGACCUCCUGAGUAGCGGUGGGUGCAGUGGCGAUCGUCGGGAGGCCUUGCGAGUUAGAGAACAUCCUGAGGAUGGGCCCUAUGUGGAAGGAGUCGCUCGGCAUCUGGUUUCAUCGUAUAACCAUUUGCAGACAUGGCUGUUAUUAGGCAACAAGGAGAGAUCCAUUGCAGCUACUGGAAUGAAUGACAAGUCUUCGCGUUCACAUGCUGUGUUCACACUGAGACUCAAGCAGAUGCAGGUGGAGGAUGUGGAAGGUGAAAGACUGGAAAGCAGUCGAGUGAGCAUCAUCAACCUGGUGGACCUGGCAGGUAGUGAGCGUGUGGCUGCAGCUCAGUCACAGGGGGAUCGGCUUAAGGAAGGAGUAUGCAUCAACAAAUCACUGCUGACUCUAGGGAAAGUAAUCACUGCCCUUGCUGAAAGCGCUGGCCGCAGGAGACCCUUCAUCCCAUACAGGGAGUCAGUCCUGACUUACCUGCUGAAGGAGUCCCUUGGCGGUAAUUCACGCACAGCAAUGAUAGCCACAAUUUCACCUAGUAACGUCCAUGUGGAGGAGACACUGUCAACCCUCCGCUACGCCCAGCAAGCUCGCAAGAUUGUCAAUCGUAAUCACAUCAAUGAGGAUCCUACAGCCAGAAUCAUCAGGUCUCUGAAGGAGGAGGUUGAGCGCCUCCGCCGCCAACAACUGGUGAAGAGCCCAACACUUCUUUUUGAAGGUGAAGUAACUAAUGAAAGUGACAAGGGAGAAGAUCUUGAUGAUGAGAAGGAAAGGGAAAGGGAGUUGGCACUACUGGAAGUGGCAAAAGAGAAAGAUAGAGCCAUCAAAGAGAAGGAAGAGAUAAUUUCAUCCUUAAAGGAACAGUUACAACUCCAGUACCAACUGCAGCAGCAGCAACUGUCUGAGAAAACAAGGAACUUUGAGCAACGUCUUAGGGAAAAUGAGGAACGGCAACAACAAGCCCUGGAAAAUCAGCGACUCAUGGGCAUUGCAAGCCAGGAAGAGAAGGGCCCCAAGCUUAUCAAUCUGUGUGCAGAUCCCCAAAUGUCAGAAACACUUUCGUACAGGCUCAAGGAAGGCACAACGAACAUUGGUCACUCGCACUGCGAUCUCAUCUUACAAUGCCUUCACAGCAAUAAUGUCCACUGUUCUAUAUUCAACGAGGAGGGGCAUCUGACUCUGUUUCCCAAGACAGAUGCGGACACCUACAUUAAUGGGGUUCUGAUCACAGCUCCUUCACCGCUCCACCAUAAUGAUCGGCUUGUCCUAGCUGGCACCUAUUACUUCCGCGUCAGUAUUCCGGGAGACAGUACGAGUUCAAGCAAGGAAGACUCUCGCAGACUGGACUUUUAUUUCACAGAUCAAGAGCUGCUGAAGGAACAGGAGAGGAGACUGAGGGAAGAGGCAGAGGCAGCCUUAGCAGCAAGCAAGGCAGAGCUUGAGAGACAGAUGUGCCACCAACGAGAUCAGUUAAUGCAAGAAGUGCAUGAGGCACAGAAUCAGCUGAUGACUAAGCAGCAGCUUGUUGCAGAGAUGGAAGGGACACAAUGGAAAUUAGAGGAAGAAAAACGGCUGCUUGAGGAACAGAUUUUGAGGGACAGGAAGAUCUCUCAGUCCUUGGAUGCAUCUCUUCAGUCGCCUCCUUUUCCCUCUUCAAACUUCCUGCAGGAGGUAGAGGCUAUCUUUAAUGAGUCCAUUCAGGAGGUCAGAAGGGAACACACCAACACACAGCCCAACCUCAGUUUCAGAGUCAAGGAAGCCAACCAGAUCUGUAAAAGACUGAAGAAAAAUUAUGAAUUCAUGAUCCAGGAGGUGCUCAAUGAAACAGGCCUGGAAGUGGUGGUGUUGGUGAAGGACUUGAAUCACCACAUGACUGCCACACUUUCUUCCAAGGCUUUCAUGCAAAAGUUGCAGGUCCUUAGGGAUAUGGUGCAGGGUGAGGAAGGGGAGGACGUCAGCCUGGAGAUGGGGAUGGCCUGGGAGAGGACGGAGGAUGUGAACUGCGUACCAGCCUUUAUCAACAAGCUGCGUGAUUCGUCAGCACUGGCCGCCCUCAACUCCUCUCUAAAUUGCUCCAUCAAUGCCUCUUUUGCCCAGCAACGACGUCCUAAUAGGCGGAGAAGCAGCAUUCUCUGUUCGGAUCGAGCAAGCAUAUUUGGCAGUGGUGGAGGGGGAUCAGGCAGCAGUGGGUCAGUGGCAGUGGCCGGCGCAAUCCACCGCUCGCUCAUGAGCCUUCCUUCCUAUGACCCCGCCUCUCCAGCUGUUGAUGCUGCUUUUAGUGCUGUGACCGACUUGAAUAGUAAUAUACAGCGUAUCAGAGACCACAUAACGGAGCCUGGAAUGACACUCCCAGAUGACGAGUUCAGUGAAUACCUUGUGAAGUUGCUCUGCAUCAGCCAAGCUACGAAAAGUUCCCUGACUACAGUAGCUGCCAUUAAUCCAACAACGAAUUGCAACCGCUGUAGCCAGUUGCAAGAGAAAAUCAGGAAGGGAUCGACCAGAAUAGGCUCUUCAACGAGUAGGCUUUUUCAGGGUGUAAAGAGUGAGGUGGAGAGCCUGGUUGAGGAGGAAAGCAGAACACUGUUAAGUGUAUCAAAGGACAUGGCCAAGGAUAUAGCCCAGCUCGCUCUCACCGCUUCACUACCCACACCAAAUGUUUCCAAUUUGAAUACUGAAGGGGUUGUGUGCAAGAAGUUUGUUGAGGGUCUUCGGUCUGGCCUCGAAUGGUUAGUGAAGCAUUCUGCUGAUACUGCUAAUCACAUCACGGAAUUUACUGAUAAUGCAACCAUGAGUACUAAUUUUAAGGAUGCUCUCUCGGCUGAAAUACAUAAGGCAGCUUCAGCAGUAUCUGCCUUUCUCAAGAAAUUUGGCCAUUUGGAUGCUGCCUUUGACUUAUCAAAUACUCUAAGUAUAGAAGAGCAGAGGAGUAGGUUGAGUGAAUGGGUGACCAGGGUUGAACUGGCAGCUGACACCAUCAAUGAACUCAACACAGCCUUAGAAGAGAUCUUGGAACAGGUCAAGAUACGCACGCAAAGUGAUUUAGAUUUUGAUAAGCUCGAGGGAGCCGUAGAAGAGGUGAAGACGAGACUAGAGAAACUAAUGUGCUUUGCUGGUCUUGGACCCAAAAACUCGGGAACCUUGAACAACUGUUCCUUCAGUUCCAUGUCUAGUCUGGAGGACAGUGGUGUGUUCAUGGACAGUCUCAGCACCAUUGCUUGGAGAGCAGUCCAGGCUAUUGAAAGUCUUCAGAGCGUCAUUAGUCAAAGGGACUCUCUCUCACUUCCUGACAGCAGCAGGAAACAAAAGGCCAGCAUGAUGUUGGGACACUGGCCCACCAAUAGUAAAGAGUACAUGGAAUACCGCAAAGGACAGAGGAGUACACAGAAGUCCCCUUAUAAGAGUUCUCUCCGGUCAGCAACCAGUGUCUCUGGAGAGGAGAAGAGAGUUAGGUUUAAAGUGAGUGUGUCUCCAACAAGCACAGAGGGAGAGGAUAGUCUAGAUGUGUAGUUGUUAUAUUACUCUAAGGAGAAUUUAUGUAGAAUAUAUUUAUUCCUGUAUUUUAUAUGAUUUCUUGCUUAUGUGUUUUGAUGUUUGGAUUGUAGGAAAUGGACUGGAUACAAACAAUAUAUACUUCUGAUAUUUUAGGCUGAGACUGAUGACAAUAUGAAGGGGAAAUUUUAUUUUAUUACAUUUAUUAGAGGCCAUUAGAAGAGAACCAUUUGUCAGUGAAUACCCAUUAUAGCUGCUUGAAUAUACAAAUACAGUACCAGUACAUUCAUCAGCCUAUGUGCCAUAGUACUUUGAUGUUUAAAUUGUAUGUUUCCUUAUAAAGAUGUGACCUUGAGCUCUAUAUUUAGUUUUAAUUAGUAUGCAAGGAAUAGGGAGAAAGUUAAAUUACAAAAUUAAAGCUUAGUGAACAUACAUUACAAUGGAUACCUGUGUCAGUCAUUAGUCACUUUUUGUUGUAUUUCUUAAUGUAAAACUUAUCUGCAGGCCAUGUACAGUAAAUAUUAAUGCACGUUCCAUGAAAAUAAGUGUUAAUAACAUAAUUGUGAACCCACCCUUUAGAUACCAGUCUUGACACACGAAACUGAAUGUUAACCCAAUGCUGUGGGGAAAAUGUUGCGUUCACUUUUGUGUUGUAAUGGUAAAUGUCUCUGCACAUAGAUGGCUCUGCCAGUGCUUAGCCACAAAGGAGUCAAUUAGUAGAUCUUGUGACCUCACCUUUCCUUGAGUUGACAGGAAAAACGCUUUUUU